GUUGUAUAUCAUGGAAUUUACCUGCACUAGUUGAAAUAAAAUUGUAGGUAACUUGACAACUAUGAUAUACACGAAGCAACAAUGGUACACACCCUCCGAGGUGGUGAUCCACAACACCGCGAAGGACUGCUGGGUGUCCCUGAACGGCAGAGUGCUGGACCUGACGGACUGGCUGGCCGAGCAGUUCCGGCUCUGCACCUGCCGCAAGAACUGCUCCUGCGUCAUCAAGAACUGGUACUGCGCCGAUGACUGCGUCGAGUACUGCCCCUGCUUCAAGCGGGGGUUCCCCUACUGCGACAAGAAGCGGCUUGCGAUGACGAUCCUGGCGUAUGCAGGCAAGGACAUCUCGCACUGGUUCCGCGGCGACGAAUGGGUGCGGUACACGCACCCGGUGACGGGCGCGGCGGCGGCGCGGCGCCCGCACGGCCUGGGCACGCGCGAGCCGCAGGUGCCCUCCACCAAGUGGCGGCCCUACACCAAGCCCUGGUGGCUGGACGAUAGCCUGGUCGUGGGGAAGCUGACCGCUAACACCAGGCCUAUUAGGAUUACGAAUACUCUUACUAGUUCGACGGUGACCCUGGAGGUGUGCUCGGAGGAGACCGUGUACGAGGUGAUGCAGCGGUACCGGCGCCACAACACGCACCUGGCCUCCUACUCGUGGCGCCACCGCGGCCGCCGGCUCUGCCUCCGCCACACGUUGGCCGAGAACGGGAUCCCGGACGAGAGGGACCGGUUCUCGAAGGUGCUGCUGCCGGAGAACAUCCACGUGCCGGCCAUUUUGAUUUACUACAAUGACGACUUGACUGAAGAGCCGGCGGUCGACGACUGCUUCUGCCGCGACGCGGACUGCAUCAAGGACAAGCCGGAGCCCUACAUCCUGUUGUAACAUGGAUCUCAAACACGAUGGGCCAAAUGGCGACCACGAUAGCCAUUCUUUAUAACGAUUUUAUUGAUUU